UGAUUUAAACUGCCUUAAACCCCAAAACGAAGUAUAGGGUUUAUGUAAGCAGUGAAACCCAUUGCGUAAGUUCACAGCUUCUCUUCUCUGCUCUUCUUUCCCAAACCGCCCCUUUGGCUUUUCAAAGUUAAAACAUGAAGCAAGGACCUGGACUCUUCUCUGAUUUUGGCAAAAAAGCCAAAGAUUUACUCAACAAGGACUACACCUCCGACCAGAAGUUCACCAUUUCUAGUUCCAGCUACUCUGGAUUGGCACUUGCAUCAAAUAUUGUGAACAAGGGAGGCCUCUCCUCUGGGGAUGUGGCAGCACAAUACAAGCACCAGAAUGCUGUUGUUGAUUUCAAGCUUGACACAGAGUCAAAUAUCUUGACAACCCUCACCAUCACAGAUUUACAUCCAUCUGCAAAAACAGUGGCUUCUUUUAAGCUGCCUGAUUAUAACUCUGGGAAGUUGGAGGUUCAGUAUUUCCAUGAACAUGCAACUGUGGCUACUGCUGUUGGGCUGAAGAAAUCCCCAGCUGUUGAUUUUUCUGCAACAAUUGGUACGCCUGGUAUUGCUUUCGGUGCAGAGGCAAGCUAUGUGACAUCUUCUGGUGAAUUCACGAAGUAUAAUGCUGGAGUGAACAUGACAAAGCCUGAUUCCAAUGCUUCAGUGGUCUUGGCUGAUAAGGGAGACUCCCUAAAGGUGUCAUAUUUGCACCAUUUAAAUCAGCUAAAUGGUGGAGCUGUUGUGGGUGAGAUUGCAAGAAAGUUCUCCACAAAUGAAAACACAUUAACUGUGGGAUGCUCAUAUCUUGUUGAUCCACACACACUGGUGAAGGCAAAGCUCAAUAACCAUGGCAAUCUUGGUGCUCUUGUACAGCAUGAGCUUAGACCGAAGUCCUUCCUUACUAUAUCUGGGGCCUUUUACACAAAGGCGUUGGAGAAGACUCCCAAGUUUGGUUUGGCACUCUCUCUAAAGCCCUGAACAGGUAUAUUGACUAAUUGAUAGGAACAAACAAUGUGGCUGAUGAGAUUGAUAAAUCGUGUCAUUUUCUUUUUCACGUAGGCAUCUAGUGAUUGAAAAUGGAAUCUUAGUAACUUUCAAAAGGUGUUUGCUUUUUGGAUUGUUAAAAAACCUUUGAUUAUUACUCAUUUUAAUUAAUUAUUACUCCUAUUGAUCA